UGUCAAGUCGUAGAAUUAACUCUUUCCAUCAUGCUGAAGCUGGUAUUCCUGUUGCUCGCCGCUCUGCUGGCUGUUGUCCUCGCUGUGCCUGCCCCUGCGCCGGGCCCCAAUCCGGCACCGGUGCCCCAGUUUGUCUACUCGGCUGGCUAUCCCGCUGUGGGCUAUGCCUCGCCCUACGUCUACUAUGGUUGAUGUGAACGAUUCCCGAUUGAAUAAAUAAAAGCUUUUGCAUGAGAA